CCUCUUUUCAUCACAUUCCCUGGCCCAUCUCCAUCCUUGCUUUUCGUCUUCUUGCCCAUGCUCCCUUUGCUGCAAGAUUAGACGCAUAUAUUCCGUGAUUCCCUGGAGGCUGGCAGAUUGGGCUGAUAGUCUGCAUGUACCUAUCUUAAGGCAAUGAAUGUCCUCAAGGUACGGAUAUCCGUACCUGCCUUAUCUUGCCGCGGCAGAGGAGCAAGGGGGAAAACAAAGAACGGCAUUGGUUCCACAAUUACCCGGCCGGGCGAUGAAUCAGUUUUGCAAACACAAGCUUCAACUUCCUCACCUUACACCGAGGGGGCACCUUUCCGUACAAAGGAAACUGAAAUUCCAACGUUGGUUGCCACUGCAACUCAACCGUUCGUCCCUCUUUCAUCGACUAUCCGUCGUUGGCCUGGCCCCAAAACAGCCAGCCAACCGUCGCCUCACCGGUCUGACGCUAAGCUACUCAUUCUUCGCCAGCACUCAUCUCCGUGCACGAGUUUUGGUUUCGGUGCCUCGUGGCCGUCGUCGUCACGUCUGUCCGGAGCCAGCCCAGGUGCGGAAUGGCUGGUGCCAGGGCGACUGGUGACGGGUGACAAUGGGCGGCACAGCGCGAGCAAAUGGGUCGAGUCUGUCGUCCAAAUCUACGAAUAGAUUUGACUCUCACUCGACUGGCCCGGCUGCCCCCAUGAUUGUGUCCAGUCCAAAAUGGCCCGUCUGACGGUAA